AUGGACGGUACAGGUAUUGAAUAUUUUAGAUUAUCGAUGGGUAUGAAUCGCUUUUAUUUAUUACUUCGAGCAAUUCGUUUUGAUGAUAUAACAACACGUGCAAUGAGACAAUCUGUAGACAAUCUAGCACCAAUACGAUCAUUUUUUGAAGACUUUGUUAGAAGAUGUCAAGACUAUUAUGAAUUGAAUAAUUAUGUUACAAUUGAUGAAAUGUUAGAGUCUUUCCGAGGUCGUUGUCGUUUUAGACAAUAUAUUCCUAAUAAACCCGCAAAGUAUGGCCUCAAAAUAAUUGCAUUAGUAGAUUCAAAUACAUAUUAUUCAUAUGAUUUGGAAAUAUAUGCAGGGAAGCAGCCAAACGGGCCCUAUCACGUAAAUAACAGUGCUUGUAGUGUCGUGGAAAGAUUGAUUAGGCCAAUUUCUGGUUCAGGUCGAAAUAUUACGUGCGAUAAUUGGUUCAGCAGUAUUCCUCUAGCAGAAGACCUUCUCAAUAACCAUAAUUUGACCAUGGUUGGAACAUUACGUAAGAAUAAGAGAGAAAUACCACCAAUUUUUGUUCAAAAACUCAAAGAGCUGCCGAAUGAAAGUAGUAUUUUUGGUUUAAAAAAAAACAUGACUUUAGUGUCAUAUAAACCUAAAGCUAAUAAAAUUGUUUCAGUUAUAUCAACUAUGCAUAACGAUGAUAGCAUUGAUACUGACUGUGCUAGAUCAAAGCCUGAAAUGAUCAAAUUUUAUAACUCGACCAAAGGGGGAGUCGACACUGUUGACCAAAUGAAAGGAAAGUAUUCCGUCUCAAGAAACAGCCGGCGUUGGCCAUUGAAAAUAUUUUUUUCUGUUCUAAAUAUUGCGGGCAUAAAUAGCCAAAUUAUUUAUGCUAGUAAAAUAAGUGACAGCAGUGUAUACAAAAUUGUUCAAAAACUAAGACAUAAGCAUAACUGUACUGUUGAAAUUUCAGUUGAUAGUGAAGAAAAUUUAGUUGGCUUGUUUAUUCAGGAUUCAAUGAUGCAAAACAUAUUUUAA